AUCUUCUCUGGGGCUGGCCAGAGACCUAGUUUUACCUGCCUUGAAACUCUGAUGGAUGUAGUGCCAUCUAGCUGUUACGACUAGAGCUGUGUGUUUGUCUCUUUGCCAGGAACACAUCUGGCAGUUCCUCAGAAUGUUCAAUGUGGAUUUGCCAUUUGACCUAGCGGUUUCACUCCGAGGGGUGUAUCCAAGAGAAUUAAAAAUGUGUGUCUACACAAAGACUCGUACAUGAAUGUUUAUAAAAGAAUGACUGAUAAUAGCCCAAAAGUGGGAAAAGCCAAAUGUUUAUGAAUUAUAAAAAUGCAGACGAAUAUAUAAAUAAAAUGUGGCACACCCAAUACGACAGGAUAUUAUUUAGCCAUAAGAUGGAAUGAAGCACGGAUGCGUACUUGAAUGUGGACAAACCUUGGAAACAUUAUGCUGAGUGAGAGAAGGCAGGCAGACAAUGCUGCGUUUGUAUGAAGGCAUUUACAUCAAACGUCUAGAAUGUGCAAAUCUACAGAGACAGGACGCAGCUGCCAGGAGCGGGAGGGGACGAAGGAUUUCUCUUUGAGAAGAAGAAAAUCAGUAUUUGUUUAGCCAGAGCAGUGAGAGAAGAUGAGUCAAAUGAGGCUUUUUUCCUUAAAGAUGAAUGAUGGACACUUCAUGCCGAUGCUGGGGUCGGGCACUUCUGCUCCGUCUAAGCUUGCUAAGGGCGAGGUAGAAACGGCCGUCAAGAGAGCAAUUGAUGUAGGCUACCGCCAUAUUGACUCAGCUUACUUGUACCAAAAUGACGAAGAGAUUGGAAGGGCCACCCAGGAGAAGAUGGCAGAUGGCACUGUGAAGAGGGAUGACAUAUUCUACACCACAAAGGUGUGGGGCACCUUCUUCCGCCCAGAAUUGGUCCAAACUGGCCUGCAAAGGUCACUGAGGAAACUUCAGCUGAGCUACGUGGAUCUUUGUCUUAUUCAUUACCCAAUAGCCUUGAAGCCCGGGGAGGACUUCUUCCCAAGGGACACACAUGGAAAAAUCAUUUCUGACCCCGUGGAGCUCUGUGCCACGUGGGAGCUACACAGAUCACUCCUCACCACCCUUCCUCCCCAGGCCAUGGAGAAGUGCAAGGACGCGGGACUGGCCAAGUCCAUCGGGGUGUCCAACUUUAACCACGAGCAGCUGGAGAAGAUCCUGAACAAGCCAGGGCUCAAGCACAAGCCCGUCUGCAACCAGGUGGAAUGUCACCCUUACCUCAACCAGAGCAAACUGCUGGAGUUCUGCACAUCCAAGGACGUCCUUCUUGUUGCUUACGCCCCUUUGGGGUCUGAGUCGAGGAAGGCAUGGGUGAAGAAGAACCACCCAGCUCUCCUGCAGGAUCCGGUCCUCGGAGCCAUCGCGGAAAAGCACGGGCGAACUCCGGCCCAGGUCGCCCUGCGCUACCAGCUUCAGCGGAGGGUGGUGGCCCUGGCCAAGAGCUUCAAUGAGGAGAGAAUGAAAGAGAACUUCCAGGUAAAUGGCAGGGUUGUUGGCGGCUAGGGACGGACAGAGGCACACUGCUUCCCCCUGGUGGGGGUGAUUUGGGAGGCUCUCAAUGUGCAUUUGGGCCAAGCUUAUCGGCCUGUGUGCUCUCUGCGGCUAUGUGCUGUGUUUAACUGUUCUGUCCUCCACCUCCUGCAAGGUGGGGGGCCAUGGUGGUUGGAAGGAACAGCCAACAGAGGAUCAAGCUUGAGUCUGAAUCCCAGUUUUCACUCAGCCAUACGGCCCUGAGUAAAUCAUCCCUUGAUUUCUCAGCUGCAAAAUGACGGAGUCAGAUGAGAUGAGAUCUGGGCUGCAGAAUCCCUAGGGUUGCUUCGCCACGGCCACGGGCACUCAGUGAAAGUCUCUGAGGGCCAUCUGAACUGCCAGUGUCAACGCUCUGGUGGAUGAACGCCCAUGACUUUUGCCAGGGGAUGAACCCCGGGUUUAAGACAACUGUCUCAUGAAACCUUCAUGAAUUCCUACAUACAGUUGUGUGUCUGUGUGUGUGGAGGGGAGGGGGGUGUGCAGUC